AUGAUGAAGCACAGCCGAGCGGUCAAAACGUCGAAAAAAGCAGUCCAUUCGAGCUCUAAAACAUUGAUCAAAAAGAUGACGACAAUCACACCGACGACAACACCGCCGCCCAAUACUAAGCCUGACAAGAAGAAUAUGACCAUGGACAAAGAGUGGCAAAAAUAUAAGAAAGAAUAUGCAAAAACGUAUACGAGUGAGCUUGAUGAAUUGAAACAUUACGCUCUAUACAAGGAGAGCCAAAAGGAAGUGUUAGAACACAACAAAUUGUUUGAAGCAGGGAAAGUAAAAUACACUAAGGCCAUUAAUGAGAAAAGUGAUCAGAAACUGGAGGAAUUUCUAGCUCUAAAUUUUGGUUUUGGUUUUGACGAUAAAUAG